AUACUGAUCAUGAUGAAAUAAAGGAGAACUUCAGGUUGUAGCUGAAGUGUAGAUUUUGAAUUGGGCUUGAAUUUAGGACUGGAUUUAAACUGUGAUUCUGAAAGACAAGCAGGAGGAAGAUCAAGUGAACAACUGUUACCAUGACGUCCACUUUUCACCAUGACACAAGUGCCAACUAUAGUGUGAAUAACUCGGAGCAGUCUGGUCAAGACGAGAACACAGUUAAACUUUUAUCCUACACACCAAGUUCAGAUAAAUCACCCGUAUCAAAAAGAAAUGGGACAGCUCAUUCAGAGAUGGGAAGUCCAGAUGAAAAGAAAAAGUUUAUUGACACCAUUAAUACCACCCCUGUGAAGCUGGACCCUGGCUUUGAUUCUCUAGAUAGAACAGUUGAGUUUACAAACUUGGAGAAACAGCAUAUAGAUGAUCAUCCUCCACCUGACAGGUAUAGAAUGGUAUUCUUUAUUUUCCUGAUUCAUGGUAUUGGAAUCUUGAUGCCCUGGAACAUGUUUAUUACAGCCAAAAAGUAUUUUGAAGACUACAAGUUGAAUACACCGACCAGCCAGGAUGCAUCGUAUCGUACAGAAUUUAUGUUUUAUUUGGGUAUAGUGUCGCAGGUUUCCAAUGCUGUCAUCAGUUGUGUUAACACAUUCUUCCAAUUUGGAGGUCAACAAUCAACAAGAAGAAUUGCCAUUGCUUUGUUUAUGAUGGUGAUAAUUUUCAUAUUUACUGUGAUCCUCGCCAUGGUUAAUACUUCCAGUAUUCCCUUCUAUUUCUUUUGUCUAACCAUGGCUUCAGCCUCGCUUAUGAAUUGUUGUGCUGGUGUGUAUCAGAACAGUACGUUUGGACUGGCUGCCAUCUUACCUAUGAAAUAUACCAACGCUAUUGUGUUAGGAACGAAUCUCAGUGGGGUGUUCACAUCUGUGAUUAAUAUUUUGUCCAUAGCAGGUGCUCCAGACCCGAAGACAUCAGCUGUUUAUUAUUUCAUUGUUGCCAUUGUGGUCCUGCUGGUGGCUUUUGAUUGUUACUUUUUACUUCCACUCACUAAAUACUACCAAUAUUUCCUGAAAUCAGUGCAUGGUUCUGAGCCAGUUGAAGAGAAGAAAAUGAGGUGUGGAGAUUAUUUAAAUGCUUUCUUAGAGUCAUGUAAAACCUACUGGAUAGUGAUCAAGAAGAUCAAACUCCAGUUGUUUGGUGUAUGGUUGACAUUCUGUGUGUCCCUCAUUUUGUUCCCGGCCAUACAGAGUAAUGUAGCUAUGAUUAAGGAACCAUUCACAAAUGACAACGGCACUGAAGUGUACAGAACUGUACUCUUCAAUGAAGAAUUUGAAAAGAAAGGUUAUUGGGUUUCUAUAUUUACCUUCCUCAGCUUUAACUUGUUCGCUUUCCUGGGAAAUCUUACAUCCGAAUAUAUCAGAUGGCCAGGUCCGAAACGUGUCUGGAUCCCAAUCGUGUUGCGAGCAUUGGUCUUGAUUCCAAUAUAUGUGUUUUGUAACUAUCAGCCAUUUGGGGUGGAGCGUCGGUUCCCAGUUUUAAUUCCAAACGACAUAGUGUUUAUCCUUGCCGGAAUCAUCAUGGCUUUCACCAGUGGGUACUACAGCAGUUUAACUAUGAUGUAUGGACCAAAAGAAGUGGAACCAGCCAUGAUGGGUAAAGCCGGUAUGAUGAUGGCGUUCUUCCUCGUACUUGGAAUCACUUCCGGUGUAAACUUGUCAUUGGUGUUACAGAGACUAGUAACCACUCAACCAGAUCUCUGAUAAAAAUAUCUCGCACAUUUAUUUUUUUUUUUUUUGGACUUGUCUUCUUUUUUUUAGAUGAAUUGUAAAUUAUUGAAACGUUGUAUAGAGCUUUGUUAAGCUGUUGGAUCUACAAAGCUAGAUACUAAGUCAUUACAAUAAACUGAAAAAUACAAUAAUUGAGGAUUUUGAAGAUAUCUGUAUUGCAUUUAUACUGAUUGAUCAAGAAAUACUUUGUGAUAUUCCUAUCUGAAAAAUUAGGGAAGUUAAAUUUAUUGUUUUGCUCAUGUUGAUUACCGGUAGUCUUUAUUUUGAUUAGUCAAUCUCAUUUACAACAAGAAGAGAGCACCUGUUUUGGUUAUUACCUGUUAUAAGAACAAAAUAUUUUAUUUUUUUCAUGAAAGAUUAUUUUAAAUUGCUAUGUUUAAACUCCCCUCCUUCCUUAAACAAAGGCUGUCAUGGGGAAGAUUAUUUUAGUUGAUACUUAGUAUACGUAGCUGUUAACAUGAUAGUUAAGAUUGUUAAGAAAAUGUAAUUUGUUAUUAGUAUAGUUAAGAACAUGUAAUUUAAUUUACAUAUGUAUGUGUAACAUUGACACAAAUUAUACUUAGAUCUGACCUUUCAUAACAUUUCACAGACAAUUAUACAAAGUUGAAUAUCAAUUACUGUCAUUUUCAUAAGUGAUAUACGUAAACUUUAACAUCGCCUGUUGAUUUAAUUUUUAUUGGGGGGGGGGGGGGGGGCACCAUUGUGGUCCUUGGAUACCAAUGUGGUCAAAGAAAAUGAUUUUAAAGGGCAGCUGAUAGUGGUUAUUGGAUUUUGAUAAUAGGAUAUUUUGUCAAUGACCAUUAGAACUGAUUUUGUAACAGAAAUAUCAAUUAACAAGAAAAAC